AUGAAGAGCGACACGUCCGUAGAUGACGGCGAAACGAUCGGCCUUCUUGCCAAAUCUUCAUUUACGACAUUUUCGAAAUCUUCCCAAGCUUCGGCCAAGCCACCCUCCUAUGGCCUGGACACGACCUACGAUGCCGAAAGCGAUCUCAAGCACUUUGGCGACAAGCACGGAGACAGCACCACCCAAUUCAUCGAAGAACUCGAGAGCAGAAAGAAGAAGGAGGGACGGCCAUCUCUAGCGCAGGCGACGCUACAGGGCCUCAAGCAAAAUCUGAUCCCUGGCAUCGUGCUGCAGAUCAUCGGUACGUGCGUCGUCGUGGGAUACUACACGUACGAGCCGGCCGAGACCUUCUUCAACAAGAUUGCAGCGGUGAAAGAGCAAGGCGGCUACUUCUUCUCCAUCCUCUCUACGUCUCUCUUCGGUGGCAUAAUCCCCUACCUCAUCCUCCUCGUGAAGGACCACCUGGCCGCCAAGAAGAGGAGGAAGGCCGCCGCGGCAGCGACAAAGGAGGAAAGCGCCGCUAAGCCGUACGGCGAUUUCAUUGAGGAAGAUGAAGCGACAUCGGGAGAAAACGAGGAAAACGAACCAUCAACAGGCCUGCUCAUCGCGCGAUUCUGCUUCUAUGCUGGCUUCCUGGGCUACAAGGGCAUGGAAACCGAUGCCUUCUACCGGAUGCAGGCCUACAUCUUCGGCGAGGGCACCGACUUCUGGACCAUCUUCAUCAAGGUGGUUGUGGAUCAGUUCGUGUGGAACCCCAUCUACGCCGCACCCAGCAACACGCUCGGGUUCAUGUGGAAGGACUGCGACUUCUCCGUCAAGCGACUGGCCGCGGAGCUGGACUGGGACUUCAUCUUCUAUCGAGUUCCGUCGGUGCUGUGCUCGACGUGGCUGGUCUGGGUGCCGGCCGUCUCGCUCAUCUACUCCCUCCCGAGCACACUCCAGAUCCCUCUCUUCAACCUCGUCCUGUGCUUCUUCAUCCUCAUCCUCUCCUUUGUCAGUAAAAGCGCUUCGUCGUGA